UUUACAGCUGGUAGGUGCAUGCACGUGAAACAAAACCGAGAAUGGCAGAUUUUGAAGUAGAAAAAGGGAAGAGGUUGUCCUUUUCGGGCCUUGGACUUCAUGAUUGGCUUGUCAGACAGUGUGAAGCAGUUGGAAUCAAACAACCAACGCCCAUUCAACACAACUGUAUUCCACCAAUUUUGAAGGGUAGUGACUGCAUUGGCUGUGCUAAGACAGGGAGUGGUAAGACAGCUGCCUUUGCUUUACCCAUUCUUCAGAAACUCAGUGAAGAUCCCUAUGGAGUUUUUGGUCUUGUUGUCACUCCUACAAGAGAACUAGGAAUUCAGAUUGCAGAGCAGUUCAGAGUCCUAGGAAAGCCGAUUGGAUUGAGAGUUACAGUCGUUAUCGGAGGAAUAGAUAUGGUUGAGCAAGGGCGGGAACUGUCUAAGAAACCUCAUAUUGUCAUAGCAACCCCAGGCCGUCUAGCUGACCACAUCAAGAGCACUUCAACCUUUGACCUUCACGCUAUCAAGUUUCUGGUGUUAGAUGAAGCAGAUCGUUUAUUAGAGGGAAACUUUGGACCAGACUUGGAGGUCAUCUUUGACUUCUUGCCAGCUAAGAGACAGACUUUGCUUUUCAGUGCUACCAUCACAGACACCAUGAAAGAACUACAGAAGAUGUCCAUGGAUAAACCCUUCUCCUGGCAUUCCAAAGCACCAGUAGCCACAGUGGAGCAGCUUGACCAGCGCUAUGUGUUGAUGCCCGCUCAGGUCAAAGAUGCUUAUCUCAUGUACAUCAUCUCAGAGUUCACAGAGAAAAACAGGGAUCAUUCUCUUAUCAUCUUCACAAGUACAUGCAAAUAUUGUCAUGUAUUAUCAAUAAUGCUGAGAAAUCUUGGUAUGCAGUGUGCUACUCUACACUCACUUGUGAAGCAGAAAACAAGAAUAGCAUCGUUAGCCAUGUUCAAAUCCAAUCAUGUGAGGAUACUCGUAGCGACAGACCUUGCCAGUAGAGGGCUGGACAUACCCAUGGUUCAGAUGAUCAUCAAUCAUAAUGUACCUACGUCUCCUAAAGAUUACAUCCACAGAGUGGGAAGGACUGCUAGGGCAGGUCGUGGAGGUAUGUCCAUCACCAUGGUAACACAAUUUGAUGUCAAGCUGGUUCAAGCCAUUGAAAAGACAAUCAAUACCAAGAUGACAGAGUACAAAGUCCCAGAAAAGAAUGUUCUUCCCAUCCUCAAUGAAGUUGCACUUGCAAAGAGUAAAGCUGAAAUGAAACUGGAAGAGUUGGACUUUGGAGAGAGGAGAGCCAUCCACAAGAGAAAACAACUCAUUCUGGAAGGAAAGGAUCCUGAUGAAGCAGAUGAGGAAAUAAAGAGAGCCGGACCAAGUCAAAAGAAGAAGAAGAGUCAUCAGCAAGAAUCAAACCAAUCAUCAAGUGAAUCCCACGGGAAACAUAAAUCAAAAGGAAAACAAUCAAAAGGAAAGAGGUCAAGAUAGUACUCAGUGAAUUGUGUUCUGCUGAACUUUGAACUCUAGAGGACAUUUUUAAUAGGAGUAUGGGAUAUCUUUCAUGUACCCGAGUGCAUGAAGCGGCUGACUGAUUGAAAUCCCCUGAUUGUUGUAGAUUGAAAUGAUGCUGCAGGCAUAUUUGUUCAUGAACUUGAUGGGGACAGAGUUUUGCAGAAAAUACGAGUCCGGAAGCUGCAUAUGUGUGUCGGAGAUCAUGUCUAUGAAUUGCAUAGUUCAGAUUCUUCAAUCCUCUUUGUCCUCCUCCCUUACACACAUCCCACACAAUGUCUCCACUAAAUCAUGCAAUCCCCCCCAAAUUAAAGGACCGUCUUCAUUUUAGCAUGUAAUAAUAUCUGUAAAGCACUUAGAGCCCAUAUUUCAUAUUAAGCGCUUUAUAAAUCCAGAUUAUUAUUGUUAUUAGUGUUGAGGAUGUGCCAUUUUCUCAGCUGCUAGGGCGUGCGACACAGAUACAGUCCAGGCAGUGCACUAUGAAUUGAAAUAUUCACCUUAUAUGCAGAAUUAUGUUUUGACAGGUUGAAAUAAACAAGUAAAUCUUCCUGGUACAAAUGUCAUUCAAGUAGAUCCUCCCUUGCAUAAAUUUCAGCUCAAGAUGAUUAGUGAGGAAAGAAGUGGAGAUUUUACUGAGCAGGGUAAAUGUAUGAAUGUUUCAUUACAUUCAAAGAAUAAAACAUGUAUGCCAAUUGUCAAAUGCACACAUUUCACACUUUCUCUGUAAUUUGUAACUUCUUGUAUAAUAUAUGUACAUGUACAUUAUUGGAAUAUAAAAAGUCACUCAAAUUCA